AUUUUCUUCUCACUGGCCACUACGUCAUCUCGUUUUGCGUGUCAACAUGGCGGCAUCCAUGGCAUCCCAGGCUGCAGCUAGAAGACUGAGGGCAGCUACAUCAAAACACAUUCUCCUGGACAAACUAAAGUGCACCUGGCUGAAUCCUAGGAGAUGGCUGAAUCUACAAGAAUAUCAGAGCAAGAAGCUGAUGCAAGACAGUGGUGUGGCUGUCCAACGUUUCUACGUGGCUCAUACAGCUUCUGAGGCUCUGGAGGCUGCAAAGAGACUCAAAGCCAAGGAAAUCGUGCUGAAAGCUCAGAUCCUGGCCGGUGGCAGGGGCAAGGGUGUGUUCGACAGCGGUCUUAAAGGUGGAGUGCAUUUAAUUAAGGACCCCGCAGUGGUCGGUGAGCUGGCUAAAAAGAUGCUUGGUUUCAACCUGACUACUAAGCAGACGCCUAAAGAAGGAGUGAAAGUGAAAACGGUGAUGGUUGCUGAAGCUCUGGACAUAAGCAGAGAAACUUACUUUGCCAUCCUGAUGGAUCGUGCUUGUAAUGGACCUGUCAUGGUGGGAAGCCCCCAGGGCGGUAUGGAUAUUGAGGAGGUGGCUGCCAGCAACCCAGAACUCAUCUUUAAGGAAGUCAUAGAUAUAUUCAAAGGUGUGCAGGAUGACCAGGCGCUUCGCAUGGCAGCUAAUUUGGGUUUCAAAGGACCUCUGCAACGACAGGCAGCAGAUCAGAUUAAGAGGCUCUAUGAUCUGUUCCUGAAAGUCGACGCUACUCAAGUCGAAGUCAAUCCUUUCGGAGAGACUCCCGAAGGACAAGUGGUUUGCUUUGAUGCCAAGAUCAACUUUGACGAUAACGCUGAGUUUCGUCAGAAGUCUGUGUUUGCCAUGGAUGACAUGUCUGAGAGUGACCCCACAGAGAUGGAGGCAGCCAAGUGGGACCUCAAAUAUAUUGGAAUGGACGGAAACAUUGCCUGCUUCGUGAAUGGAGCUGGUUUGGCCAUGGCAACAUGUGACAUCAUAGACCUGCAUGGGGGAAAGCCGGCUAACUUCCUGGACCUUGGAGGUGGAGUCAAAGAGAGGCAGGUGUAUGAGGCUUUUAAGCUGCUGACUGCUGACCCUAAGGUUGAAGCCAUCCUGGUCAACAUCUUUGGAGGCAUCGUCAACUGCGCCAUCAUUGCCAAUGGUAUUACCAAAGCCUGUCGAGAGUUGGAACUGAAGGUGCCACUAGUGGUGAGACUUGAAGGGACCAACGUGCACGAAGCCAAGAGGAUUCUGACUGAGAGCGGCCUGCCCAUCACAGCAGCAGAAGAUUUUGACGACGCUGCAAAGAAGGCGGUGGCUGCCAUCAGGAAAUAGAAAGACACUGGCCUUUUCAUACACACAAACCUCCUAAACUUCUCAAGUUUGUAUCAUUUUAAAUCAGUGCAAAAAUCAGCUCAGUGCAAAUGGACUUUAUUCAUUUGAUCCAAGCUGAUUGAGGAGAUACAUUACAUUUUUGGGCGCUUUCAUGAUCUCUGUCAGCAAUUAGACAUGGCCUUUACUCUUUAAUCCUAUUACAUUCCGUCGUUCAGAGCAAAAACUUAUGUUUUCUCUUGAUAUUGUAAUGUUUGUAUUGAAUUUUAGAUGAAAAGCCAUUUUCUGCUCUUAAAUCACCGUUUGUUGGACAGUUGUGAUUUUUUUAGUUCUAUACAGUCUAUUUUGAAAUACAUCAUGUUGUAUUUCUAAAGAAAUCAUUUGAUUUGUGACCCUUGUCGUUCUGUACGUAAAACAUGAAGACUGAAUGGUUUCUAAACUAUCAUCAUGAUAACUUUAUUUUUAAUACGUUUUGUUACUCAGAUGUUGGAAAGAACGAAUGAUCUUUUAUAGAAAUCAUGAAUGUAUGCCGAUAGCAGCCUUGAGGCAUGCGUGCGUGUGUGAAUAAUCUAUGAGAUUAAAAACAGAACUAUCCAAGUGA